AUGGAAAUAAUAGAUGUUAAUGAUUUAAUUAAUCUUCUAUCUGAAGAUGCUGAUUACUCUUUUUUUUAUUAAUAAUAAGAUUCUCAUGAACUUUUUAACAUGUUAAUGAAACAUAUUGAAGAAGCAAAUAAUCAAAUUAAUUCAUUUGAUUUAACAAUGUUAAGAUCAAAAUAAAUGAAAUCUAAGAAUCCUUUUCUUCAUCAUACAAAAGUUUAAAUUAAAUGCAAUACUUGUAAUUAUUCUGUAAAUAUCUUCUAAUAAAUUUAGUUUAAUUCACUAAAAGUAGAAAGUAAUUAUGCAUUUUAUUUUCAUCUUAAUCAUGCAAGAACAAUUUAAGAAGCAAUUGAUUAUAUCUAAUAACCUGAAAUAAUCACUGAAUAUAUAUGUUUCUAUUGUUCUUUGUAAUUUUUGAGGAAGAAAUAUACAUUAAAUGAGUAAUAGAAGAUUAUUGAUUAAUAUCUCUCAAAUAAUAAUUAUGAUGAGGAUUCUUUAACCAUAAUUAAAAAGAUUAUUGAAUAACUAAAUGUAGUCAAAGGCAAUCAAUUUUAGAUAGAUCCAUAGAAAGCAUGUCUUAAAAGAACUGUGACACGUUAGACUCAUAUAGCAAAAUAUCCAGUAUUUGUAUAUAAAUCUAUUCUAAGAAAACAUUUUGUUUUUUUGUCAAUAGAUUAAUUGUACAUCCCUAUCAUGGAUUGAUUAAAUUAGAUCAUUCAGUUUAUUUAGAUUCUACUUUUAAGGUUGCUGAAAAAGAAUACAUUUUAUCAGCAUUAGUUUGUCAUAUAGGUGAUUCUAAUUCUGGUGAGUAUCUUAAAUCAUCUAUCUAGGCCAUUAUAUUGCAUUCAAAAGGACAUUUGCUUAGGAUCUUGAAUCAUCAAUGAAUCAAAAUAAAUCAUACAAAAAAUGUGAAUGGUAUAUUACUUCUGACAAAAAAGUUACUCUUACAAAGUAACCAUUACAAGGUUAAGCAUAUUUAAUUUUUUAUGACACAUAUUGAUAUAUCAUAUAAUUAUUAUUGACAGUCCAC